AUGGCCGCCAUGCUGGGGCGAGAACGAGGCUGCAGCUGGCAAGGAGGCCUCUGGUCGCCGCCAUCUUGGAGUGAGAACGAGGCCGGCCGGAGGGGGGAGGGGCCGAGCCGAAGCCCCGCCCCCACCCCGGGGCAGCUGCCGCAACUGUCGGGCGGCUGCGCGCGGGAGCCGUUGCGAGGCCGGGCCACGCUGGCGCCCCCCGGUGAUGACGCGGCCCCCGCGGCCGGGCCCCCCCCCGCCCCGCUCCGGCCCGGGGCCCCGCCCCCCUGCGCGCUGCCCGCCCUGGACCUGUCGCUCAGCCCCGCGCGCGCCGGGGGCGGGAUCCUGCGGCGGCGGCGCGGGGCGCGGGGGCGCGCGGGGAACCGCCAGGUCCGUUUCCUGCUGGGCUCUGCCCCGGACGAGGCGCCCCCCAGCCCGGAGCCCCCGGCCCCCCGGACCCCCCCCGACACCGGCGUGGUGGAGGCUGGGCGGGUGACAACGGGGUUCAGGGAGGCAGCGGGGGACCUGGCCACCCCUGAGUUGCACACCAGCCUGGCCCUGGGCGAGGAGGUUCGGGUGGCCACCCACCAGGGCUUCGACGCCCACCGGGCCGCCCAGGAGCUGCUGGUCACAUCCUUCCUCGCCCGCUGCAGUGUGGAGGCCAAGGCGGCCGCAGGUAUGAACAUCCCCCGGGAGCAGCAGCUGUACCAGGGGCUCGUGAGCCUGCAGGUGCCCGCAGAGGAGGUGCUGAGCUGCGCCCUGCAGGAGAAACUGUCACUCGUCCGAUCGCAGCCUGAACCCCGCAGGGAGCCCGUCCCCGAAGGCCCGGACCUGCUGAUGUUCUACGAGCCCCAGGAGCUGGUCGUGGAGACCCCGUACCUGGGCGUGGAGGGGCUGCCCCCCCUGCGGCUCCAGCCCCAGAUCCGACCCCCAGCCUCCACCUUCCUCAUGUUCCGCAAGCUCCAGCAGUGGGAGGCCUAGCAGGGCCGGGAUGCAGCUGCCCCCAGAGAGAGAGACUGGUUCUGGGGGGGGGCAGGGUCCUCACCCCUCCCUGACCCGUGUGGUUCUCACCCUUUGUACCCCGCCCCCCAAUAAACCCCCCUCUGGGCUCAGCUGCGGUGCCUGAACAUUGGGGGCGCCCCACGUGGGCUGUGGCUCUCCCACUGGCAGGGGUGGUGGAUUGUGUUUCCCAGCAUUCCUCGGGGCGGGGGGAGACAGCCCAUAAUUCCUGGGCUCCAGGGAGCAGGGCUCUGCACGUGGUGGGGGGGAGGGGGAAAAGCGCCAAUAUGUCCCAGUCGCCCUUGCGCGACGGGACUCCAUUUCCCAGGAGGCCCAGCGGCGGCCAAGCCCCUUUUCCCGUCGUGCCCCGCGGGCAGGGAUGGCGGGCGCGAGCGGGCCGCGGCUGUCGGCGGCGGAAUUCGAACGGGCGAAGCUGAGUUACCUGGACACCAUCACCCAGGAGCUGCAGGAGGCGGCCGGGCUGAUGGGGCAGCUGGACCGGAACCUGAGCGCCUGGGCCCGGCGGGCGGGACAGCCGGAGGCGCUCGCCCAGGUGUGGCACCGCUUCCAGGCCCAGCUGGCUUCUGCAUGUGCCACCCCAGGCUCCUACGGCCCGGCCCUGACCCACCGCUGGAGGGAGAUGGGAGCCCCUGCUGCCCCCCCCCAAUAAACGCUGCCUCCGGCCUUGCUCCGCA